AUGCCUAAACGAAAAGCCCCCACCAAAAUUUCUGGCCUCGUCGAGUCUGAUGAUGAAGACUUGAUGCAACUGACUGAAAAUGAGGUUGCCUCUUCUCAGCAGCCCGCCGCGGAGCCACCCGCAAAGAAGCGCAGAGGCCGCCCGCGUGCCUCGAACGAUAGCGCGACCGAAACCAAGCCUACUGCCAAAUCAAACAAACGCGAGCCAGCUACAGUUGCGCAGGCAGAUGCCGCUAUAAACAAGAAAGCCCCGACUCGGCGCGGUAGGCCUCGUGGGAGCAGUCGCACUUCAGACAAUCCAGAGCCUCAAGCACAGUCCUCAAUAGCACAGGAAACUUCUGAGGAUGAAGCGAUGAAGGACCAAGAGAACGAAGAUCCCCAAACCUCGAACACAACGAGGCCUAACCGGGGCGUGAAAUCUAACAAGCCUAUUGCGCCGCCGGUAGCAACACGCGCGCGAGGCAGAGGUCGCGCGGCAAGCACCGCUCAACAGCUCCAGACAGAUGGCGAAUUUGAGUUCACUCCAACUCGCGCAAGUGUCUCCCACAAGAUCUCCGAAACUCAAAACUCGCAUCCAAACGAGGAGCCAGCUACAGACAAUCACCGGCCCACCCAAGUGUAUCCCUCCCCCGAAAAAAAUGCCUUGCCCAGACAGGCUUCCGUGAAACACAUUGCAGAACUGUCCCCCCGCAAGCGCAAAUUGGGUGACGCUGAGCAAGGCGGAGAUCCGGAGUUGAGGCGUAGGAUUGGAGAUCUCACGAAGAAGCACGAUGCUCUGGAGUCCAAGUAUCGCAAUCUUCGCGAGAUAGGAAUCACGGAGGCCAAUACGAAUAUUGAGAAGCUGCGCAAACAAUGCGAGACAAUCACUACAGCUUCUAAUGAGCUAGUCGCCUCCCUCAAGUCUGAACUGGAGGCCCAGCGAGCACUGGGGCAACAAAGCCGCGGAUAUCAGAAACAACUGAAAGAUCGGGAUACCGAGAUGGUCCGCCUCCGAUCACAAAUGGAUGAGGCUCGCUCUCAAUUAGCGGCCUCACAAUCUGAAAUCAAGGCCCUGCAGACGAAGCUUGCUGCUGCGCGCAAUACGGCAGCCAGCUUGGAGUCUUCUAGGGUCCCCGGCAGUGCUAUUAAGGGUGGUGCUGCUAACCGAAUUGCUGCUGCUGCAACGGCAGAAGCGGCCCAGGCAGCACAGAUCGCGCAGUUGAAGGAAAAUCUCUAUGAGGAUUUGACCGGACUGAUUGUCCGCGACGUAAAAGCCCGUGAGCAUGACCAUUUGUAUGAUUGUAUACAGACUGGAGGAAAUGGAGCAUUGCACUUCAAACUGGCCGUUCCAAAGGUGUCUAGCUCAGAAUAUGAAUCAGCAGAGUUCCAAUAUCUACCUCUCUUGGAUGCUAACCGAGACCGUGAUUUGGUCAAUAUCUUGCCUGACUUCUUGACUGUGGAGAUUCAAUUUAGCCGACAGCAGGCAUCCAAGUUCUAUACUCGAGUGAUUGAUGCCUUGACCAAGCGACGGUCGAGUACUACUGCAUGA